AUGGAGCGAGUGCUAAUUGUGGGCGCCGGACUGACAGGCAGCUUGUGCGCUGCGCUUCUCAGGAAGGAGGCGUUCAGUCCUUUGCAACUCUCUGUGUGGGACAAGGCUGGGGACGCAGGGGGAAGAAUGACUACAGCCUGCAGUCCUCAUGAUCCACAGUGCACAGUUGACUUGGGUGCCCAGUACAUCACCUGCACUCCUUACUAUGCCAAAGCACACCAAAGUUUUUAUGAUGAACUGUUAGCUCAAGGUAUUUUGAAGCCUCUGACGUCUCCUAUUGAAGGAAUGGUAAUUAAAGAUGGAGAUUCUAACUUUGUGGCCCCUCGAGGAGUUUCUUCAAUUAUCAAGCAUUACUUAAAAGAAUCAGGUGCAGAGGUCUGCUUCAGACACUGUGUGACUGGGAUCACCCUGAGAAAUGAUAAGUGGGAAGUCUCCAGGGAAGCAGGCUCCCCCGAGCUGUUUGACUUCGUUGUCCUCACUAUGCCAGUUCCUGAAAUUCUGCAGCUUCAAGGUGACAUGAGAAACUUAAUUAGUGAAUGUCAGAGGCAGCAACUGGAGUCUGUGAGUUACUCCUCUCGCUACGCUUUGGGCCUCUUUUAUGAAGCUGGCUCGAAGAUUGAUGUCCCGUGGGCUGGGCAGUACAUCACCGGUAAUCCCUGCAUACGCUUCAUCUCCAUUGAUAAUAAGAAGCGCAAUAUAGAGUCACCAGACAUUGGACCUUCCCUGGUGAUUCACACCACUGUCCCUUUUGGAGUGAAAUACUUAGAACACAGCACUGAGGAUGUGCAGGAGUUAAUCUUCAAGCAACUGCAAAAGAUUUUGCCAGAUUUGCCACGGCCGAUUGGUGUCAAGUGCCAAAAGUGGAGAUUUUCACAGGUUACAAAGGCUGCCACCAGCUGCCCUGGCCAAAUGACUCUUCACUGCCAGCCUUUCCUUGUGUGUGGAGGGGAUGGAUUCACUCAGUCUAACUUCGACGGCUGCAUAACUUCUGCCUUAUAUGUUGUAGAAGCUUUAAAGAAGCAUAUUUAG